GAUGAGGAUGAAGGCGUGGAGUUUGGGACGCUGUCUGAUAAAUUUUCUUCUAGAAAAUAUUACCACAAAACCACAUCACGCUUUCAGGAUUUAAAGCUUCAAGAAGAGGGAGAGGAAGAAUGGGAAAGAAAACCUCGACGCGGCCCUAAGAACACCCCAUACUGGUACUUCUUAAAAUGCAAGGCCCUCAUCAAGGACGAUAAGCUGGCGGAGGCUCUGGAGCUGUUUGAGGGGCAGAUGCUGAAGGAAGGGCGUGUGCGGACAGAAGAAAGCAAUUACACUGUUCUAAUUGGCGGCUGUGGCAGGGUUGGCUACGUGAAGAAGGCGUUCAGGCUCUACAAUGAUAUGAAAAAACGAGGCUUAACUCCCACCGAAGCCACUUACACCGCCCUGUUCAACGCCUGUGCCGAAUCGCCGUGGAAAGACUCAGGCCUGCAAAGUGCUCUCAAAUUACGGCAGCAGUUGAAGAGCAAAAAUGAAGAGCUGAACCUGAUCACCUACCACGCGCUGCUGAAGGUCUGUGCCCUGUGCUCAGAUCUCAGGAUGUGCUUUGAUGUGCUGAAGGAAAUUGUGCACAAGGGCCAUGUUCUCACAGCCGAGACUUUCAGCUUCCUUCUCAUGAGCUGCAUAAAGGACAGCGAAAAUGGCUUCCGAUAUGCCUUACAGGUUUGGAAACAAAUGACUAAACUUGGAAUAAAGGCCGAUAGCCACACUUACAAUUUGAUGCUGCGUGCUGCGAGAGACUGUGGAAUAGGCGAUCCAGUCGUGGCUUCUGACCUCCUGCUCACCCAUGAGAACUCGUCGCAGCUAAAGCUUGCACCCGGGAGGCAGAAGGAAAAGGUGAAAAAUCAGAAGAAGAAGGGAUCAGAGAGUGCAGCUGCUGUCCAGCUGGAUGUGGAAGCUAUGGAAAAGCAAUUAUUUCAUGAGAGUUCGGUGCAGCCUGAAGAACUGAUCUGGCAACAAAAUAAAGACGCGAAUAGGGCUGAAACAGAACCAGCUGCUCUCGAAAGCCCCAGCAUAGCUCACAGCAGGACUGGUGCGUUGAUGAGGAGAGGCCAGAACGAGAUGGAGCAGGAACAAGCACACCUAAGCCAGAAGCUGCGUUUCUGCAACCUGCCCAACUUGCUGGAUUCCAGGAUGCCCGAUGCAGCCGUGGUUUCCCUGGGGACAGUGGCCACACCGUCCGAUAGACUGGCUUUGAUGGGGGACGUGGAGGGCUUCUUAAAUAAAAUGAAAGAGGACAAUGCAGAACCCAGCAUUAAAACAUUUACGUUACUGGCUGAGCUGGUGAAACCCCAAAGCCCCUCGGAGUCCUCUUUGCUGGCGCUGCUAGAUGAGCAUAAAGUAAAAGUAGAUGUGACCUUCUUUAACACUUUAAUAAGGAAGAAAAGUAAACAGGGAGACCUAGAAGGAGCAAAGAGCGUGCUGCCAGCUCUAGUGAAGAGGGGACUAUCACCUAACCUCCAGACGUUUUGUAACUUGGCAAUUGCUUGCCACCGAGAGAAGGAUGGACUGCAGUUACUCUCAGACUUGAAGAGGUCUGGAAUAACUCCCAACAAGCAUAUCUACAGCACCCUCAUUGCCGCUGCGGUGCGGCAGCUGGAUUACAGGUACCUCACAGAGAUCCUGCGAGACAUGAGGAAUAACCAGGUGCCUCCCAAUGAGGUUAUCAUACGCCAGCUGGAGUUCGCAGCACAGUACCCUCCAAAAUUUGACAGGUAUAAGUCAAAGAACCCAUACCUGGAGAAAAUAGAUGGUUUCCGCGGCUACUACUAUCGGUGGUUAAAAGUAAUGGCAGGAGAGGAGACCCCUCACCCCUGGGAAAAAUACAGAACAGCGAAACGUGCGGCAGGUGACGAUAAGGAAGAGGCUGUGCCGGAGCAGCCGGGGCAGAAGUAG